GUGAACGUCCCAUAAUUAAAGGGUUCAUCAAUAAGGAUGUGCUGCUGCCCUGCACAGCUGAGCAAAAGGGCCCCUUCCACCUGGAAGAGGUUGUGGUUAAUUGGCAGAGUUCAGACAAUCGGGAAAUCGUGCACAGCUUCUACCACGGCGAGGACCAUGCAGAGCACCAAGCGCAAAGGCUGCGGGGAAGAACCCAGCUCUUUCCCCAGGAGUUCCCCAGCGGCAACGCGUCCCUGUUGUUGAGAAGAUUAUCCAUCCAGGAUGCAGGGAACUACACCUGUCACGCUGUUGUAUAUGAUGCAGCUCCUUUUACUGAGCACAACCUCCAGCUUCACGUCCUAGAGGAAGAAGUCCCAAUAAAACAAGGAAACAACUGGCUCUUUUUUCUCUUUGCCAUUUUACCACUAGUUUUCCUAGUGGUGGGCACUUUCCUCAUUAAAAAGAAGUGUAAAAAGUCUGAUUCAUGCAGCACAGAAGAUGCAGAGAAGCUGAUUGAGGACAGGAAUGCAGAAGUCCUGGAACGUUUCAGACGGGCGGUUUGUGAGAGAUCUGCACCCUGCUACAAACUGUUUUCAGAGAAAGAAUCAGAUAACACCUUAGGCAGGAAACUAUACAUGAUAAGUGGGAAAAAGCUACGCGCAGCCAGUGAAAUAACCAAUUAUAUAUAUCGAAGUCGGGAGAAAGUGGCUAGCAUACAGCCCGAAGAGCUGUUCACCGCUAAGAAACCAAAUGCCACACGGAUGUUACUGGUGGGAAAUACUGCCAAGAUAAUAAGCCGUACCUGUAAGAGGCUGCAACAGAAGUGGGCUUCAGAGGAAAACAAGGUGAUCUACGGGUGUGUGAUCUAUAUACCAUGCAAGGAGCUGAAAUCUAGUGAGAGCCCAAUGAGUGUGAGACAGCUGCUGGAACAGCAGUGCAAAGAGCUAGCCCCCGUUCUGCCUGAUCUUCUCAGUACCAGGACAGUGCUCAUUAUUCUCGAUGGACUAGAGGAGUUCAAGGAUGAUCUGAGCGACACACAGUCCUCUGGGAGUCUGGAUAUCGAUACCCCUUUAGUCAUCAGCGCUCUGGUCUGGAAAGUCAUCACCAAGGAUCUUCUCCCAGAAACAGAUGUUCUGGUAACUGCCCAGCUAACUACAGUGAGUGAAAUCGGGAAGCAUUUUGAGGACAUAUUUGUAAUCUUUGACUUUACUUCUGAUCAGAUUAAGCAAUAUUUUGACAUAGGUCUUCAAACAAAAGAAAUAUUUCAUUGUAACUUUGGUGCCGUGACAAAGCAGGAGCUGUUGCCUUUGGUAGCUGUUCCUCUCCAAAUUGAUCUUUUGUGUGAUGCAUUGAUGACUGUUUCCAAAAACCUGGAUAUCAGAAAUGAGCAACUUACACCUGAUGAGAGGGUGUCUUCUUCUUCGCAGCUCAGUUCAAGGACCCUGGAAGCAGAUGGCACUGAUACGACACCUCCUGUCCCUGCACUGAAUGCAGACUCCAAAUUUCUAGAAGAUAUUAAAGAAAUUACCUUUCGUCUGGCAAAGAUGUGUUAUGACUGUCUGGUCUCUGAUGCACAGGAGAUACAGAGAGAGGAUCUUGAGAGGUAUCGUGUUGAUCCUGACAUUCUCACAAAGCAUUUUCCCCAUUUCUUUUUAAGUAGAAAAGAGGGUAAAUUUUUUGUGACUCAGCAUCCUGGCGUAAGGAGCAUGUUUGCUGCCUUGCACUGUGUCCGGCGGAUCCAGGAUGCAGAAGAGCUGAAGGAGUUCCUGGAUACCUGGGUUUCUGGGCAUCUCCCUGCACAAGGAAAAAGCAAAAGCCUCCUAAAGGAUGUCCCCUUCAGUUGUCUAGCAGAAAGGCAACAUUUCAUCAGGUUCUUCAUGGCUCUCUUGCCUUACAAAAACACCAAAGACUUCUUAUGGGGCCCACGUCUACUCAGUGAUGCUCUAAGAAGACCUCUGCAGAAGUGGUUUGAAGCCUGGAUUGCUCAACGCCUUGACAAAAUGCAUUUGCUCAACCUUCUCCAUUGUGUGUUUGAGCUGCACGACACCUCUCUGACCCAGGAUGUGUCACGUUGCUUUACGCACAUCACUUUGCACCACAUUCCCCUCAGCCCUGCAGACAUUGGAGCUAUGAAAUACAGUCUGGAGAAGUCCAAGAUGCAAGUGUUAGACUUAAGGCUGUGCGACCUCCAGGAUGAAAACUUAGAGCAACUGGACUCUGUAAUGAAGAGCUGUACGCAAGUCUGGAUAAGUUACAAUAAGCUGACUGAAAAAUCUGGAAGAAUCCUGCAAAGAGUCCUUGAAUACCCCAACUGUGCCAUGCAAUACCUCUCGGUACUCGUCAAUAAAUUGGGUUCCAAUGGAGCUAAGCACCUGUGGACUGCACUGGAGACGAACAGGAGCUUGAAGAUACUUCACUUGUACGAUAACAGCAUCAAAGAUGAAGGUGUAGAAAAUCUGGCUCAAAGCUUAUGGAAGAACUGCUCUCUCCAGUUGUUAAACUUGUGUGCAAAUAAGUUUGGAAAAGCAGGAAUCCAAAACAUCGAGGAAGUGAAAAGGCACCGACCUGACUUGCAGGUUGUAUUGAAGAUGACAGAAAGCGAACAGCUGCUUGAUGAAGUGAUAGAAAUGGUGGAGGAGGUAUUCAGCGAACAGCACGCAUUUGACAAAAAGUGGCUCCUAAAAACUAUUCAGACUGCCAAGAAAGAUCUUCAUGAUGAAGGGCAUCUGAGGGAGCCUGUGAGAGGAAAAGUAAUAAAGCUAAAAAAGUUGUUGAGAAAGGUUGAAGACCAGUUCCAAGCACAAGAGCCUGGGAAAGACUGCAUCCUCAAGCUUAGUUAGAAGGUAGGCUAAAAAGGCAAAUUCUUCCAAAGCAGAAAAGUGCUGCAGCUUUGCACCCAGUGAUAAGCCUAGAUGCAUUCAUAUCACUUAGGACAAGCUCUGUAGAUGUACCGCUUACCACCUGCAUUAGUGGAAAAUUUCUAACCACCGGUCGAGUAGCAGGAUUCAAGGGCUACAUUCCCAGACAGAUAACCAGCAAGCAAAGGCCUGAGCAGGAGUUUUUCCCCACUUUGGCCUACCUGAGCUUGCAAGGUCAGGAGCAUCUGGCUGAUGUUUCUGCCUCUGUGCUGGUUCUGCUACGUGGAGGGCUACCCCUGGCAAUGAGGAGAGCAAGCCAGGGGUCAGAGGUAUAGCAGAGCAGCAGUGCCCCUCCUGGAAGUCACUGCCUGGGGCUGCUGUCCCGGCCACCCGGCCACAGGUCCGAUCCAGGAGCACUUCCGUAGCAGGGAAAAUGGAAGAAUGGGUUUUGCAGGCAACUGUUGCCCAUAUCUUUAAACAGUGAGAAACCAUGUCAAACUUUUCCUUCCCCUGCUCCGUGAUCGGCCUCCUGCUUUGCCCUGACUCAGUUUCUGUGUUUCCCCCAAGCAUCAGUUUCUGUGAUGUCCCAAGCAUCGCAAUCGGGCUGGGGAAAGGUACUGAGCUUGAUCACUCAAUUCCCUUCCCCAGCCCUACGAUCGGGCUGGGGAUGGGAAGUCAGCCCAGCUGGGCUGAGUUCCUUUCCCCAGCGGGACGGUCGGGUGAAACAUUGAAAUGGCGUCGAAACAGCCUGGCUGGAAAAUGGAACAGCUGUUUCGACUCAAAAUGAAAUUCGAAACAAAACGCUGCUCCGUUCAAACCUCGAAGCUGAAGUCGAAAUGGAAGAGUGCCGUUUCGCACAGCCCUGCUAAUUCCCCAGGCUGAGCUACCUGUGCUCUGCUCGGCUCGCAGGAGGGGUCCUGCAUUCAGGGGCGCUGAUUAUAUGAAGACAGAUCAAUGCACGUGGCCGUGUCUGCAGGACUGCUGCUGUUGAGACAGGGCUGAGUCCAGGCUGGAGGAGCAAAACGCAAGUCUCUGCUUCUGCUGCUUGCUCAAACUGAGCUGCUUCCCCUCUGAGCCUCAGUUUUCCUGUCUGUGAAAUGGGCAUGGUAACGUGCACAGUCCAAGGGGGCUAGUCUGAGAAUGUCAAAUAGGUUGAAAGCAGCACGUGAACGUAUUUACACGCAUCCCUGCUUUUACUAUUGUAGGUAAUAGAAAUUGGGCUGGGUCUCCCUUCCCCCUCCUGCUGUCCCACCCCUGUUUGCAUUGGGAGGGAGGUCUGGCUCAGGGCUCCUGUUCUCCAUUGAAACCAAGGCAGGUUGACACAGGGAAGGAGGGAGACUGUCCCGUUGCUCCUUUAUCAUCCCUGGCCACUUCCUCAGCCAGCUUCUCCUCUGUUGCCCCAUCUCUGCAGUCUCUCUCACCUGGUUUGAUUGGUUCCUUCUUUUGCUUUUGCAUCGCUUCUUCCAGCCCCUCGGGCACAGCCCCGACACUGCCUUUCUUGCACACCUCGCCGUGCUGCUCCCACUGCCUCCCGCUCUGUUCCCAAUUACCAUGAAACCUUCCACCCCCUCAGCCCAUCCCCUCUGCUGUGAAUGGGGCAAUGGUACCAAAGCCGUUCUGCUGCUGUUCGAAUACCAAGAGGGAGAGACCAUGCUCCCACAUCCCCUCUUGUAAACCUCUCAGCCCAUUUUCAGUGUUUUAAAUAACUGUCUUGCCAGGAAAGCAAGCUGCACAUCACAGGAGACAGUGUAAGGGCUCUUCUGUUCACUGUGCAGCUGCAAUCAUACAAGCAAACAAGACAUGAGGAUGCUGGAGACUGGGAUGGAGGAUAAGCCUCAGGAUUUCGGCUAAUAAAAGUUAAUGAGGGGGCCUAGUUCAAUGCCUGGAUAAUGCUAGAUGUGACUCCAUGUUCAUCACUCAGAGCCUGUCUACAACGGAGGCUGCAGCGCACUGUACGUAUCUGUGCCAACAGCAUCGUUUUGGCACUGACAGCCUCUCCGAGCUCAGAUGCUAGAAUAAAGAAGCCUAGUGUUGGUAAUA